GCCGGGCUGGGCGCCGCCUCCGUCGUGUGUUUGUGGCCGGGCCCGGGCCGGGGCUCAGCGCUGCGGGCCCGGGGGGGGCCGCCGCCGCCGCCGCCGCUCAGCGCAGGGUUUGCAGAGAGCCGGGGCCGCGGGGGCCGCUGCGUGGGGAGUCUCUAGUCCGGGGUCCUGUCCCCCCAGCGCCCUACGGGCUCUUCCCCCGGUCCCUACAGCUCCGGUGACCCCACCCACCGCCACCCCCUGUAGCGCCCCGACCCUCCGGAGCCACCCCCCAGCCCCUAUAGCACCCCACUGACCUCCAGCCAUCGCCCUUAUAGCACCUCACUGGCCUAUAGCCACCCCCCAGCCCUUAUAGCACCCCCCAGCCCCUAUAGCCACCCCUCAGCCCCUAUAGCACCCCACUGACCUCCAUCCAUUGCCCUUAUAGCACCUCACUGGCCUAUAGCCACCCCCCAGCCCUUAUAGCACCCCCCAGCCCCUAUAGCCACCCCCCAGCCCUUAUAGCACCCCACUGACCUCCAGCCAUCGCCCUUAUAGCACCCCACUGGCCUAUAGCCACCCCCCCAGCCCCUAUAGCACCCCACUGACCUCCAGCCAUCGCCCUUAUAGCACCUCACUGGCCUAUAGCCACCCCCCAGCCCUUAUAGCAUCCCACAGGCCUCUAGCCAUUGCCCUUAUAGCACCCCACUGGCCUAUAGCCACCCCUCAGCCCUUAUAGCACCCCACUGGCCUCUAGCCAUCACCCUUAUAGCACCCCACUGGCCUAUAGUCACCCCCCAGCCCUUAUAGCACCCCACUGACCUCUAGCCAUUGCCCUUAUAGCACCCCACUGGCCUAUAGGCACCCCCCAGCCCUUAUAGCACCCCACUGACCUCUAGCCAUCGCCCUUAUAGCAUCCCACUGGCCUAUAGGCAUCUCCCAGCCCCUAUAGCACCCACUGACCUCUAGCCAUCACCCUUAUAGCACUCUUCUGGCCUAUAGGCACCCCCCAGCCCUUAUAGCACCCCACUGACCUCUAGCCAUCGCCCUUAUAGCACCCCACAGGCCUAUAGCCACCCCUCAGCCCCUAUAGCACCCCACUGGCCUAUAGCCACCUCCCAGCCCCGAUAGCACCCCACUGUCCUCUCUGGUACUCCACCAUCUGCUCACCUGCCCCCUACAGCAUCCUGCUAUUAUGCUACCCGACUCCCUCAGCCAUUUCCUCCCUCUGUAGCACGCACUCACUCCCCUACCCCCUCCCCGUCAGCCACUCACCCACCCAUUGGCUUCCUCCCUGUCAACAUCCUGCUCCUGUAGCAGGGUGCUGUUCCCUUCCGCCCAAUAUAGCACCCCCAUUAUUUCCUUCCGUGCAGCUGGUAUCUCUGAUAUCCGCAUCGACCAUGGUUGAUUCAAAUUUGGCUCAGAGUUGACCAAGAUGACUGUGGAAGGUCAAACCCAGGAACCUUCUGCGUGGGAUCUGGCACAAGAAUGAAAGAUGGCUGAGGAUUCUCAGAGAAACUUCCGCUCUGUCUACUAUGAAAAAGUGGGAUUUCGUGGUGUUGAAGAAAAGAAAUCAUUGGAAAUCCUAUUGAAAGAUGAUCGAUUGGAUGUUGAGAAGCUUUGCACAUUUAGUCAAAGAUUUCCACUCCCAUCCAUGUAUCGUAUCCUGGUGUGGAAGGUGCUUUUAGGAAUUAUUCCUCCUCACCAUGAAUCUCAUGCUCUGGUGAUGAAGUACCGAAAGGAACAAUAUAGGGAUGUGUAUCAUGCCCUCCAAGUAAUUCGGUUUAUCAAGGAUUCUACCCCACAGGUUGAAGUUUUCCUCCGCAUGCAUCAACUGGAGUCAGGAAGGUUGCCUCGAAAUUUGGCUUUUCCUCUGGAACCAGAAGAUGAAGUGUUUCUUGCCAUAGCUAAAGCCAUGGAGGAAGUGGUGGAGGAUAAUAUCGACUGCUACUGGCUUGUCAGUAGUUUUGUUAAUCAGUUAAACAACAAAUACAAAGAUUUGUUACCACAGCUGCCAAAAGUUCUUGAACAGUAUUUGAAUGUUGAGGAUAACAGACUUCUGGUGCAUCUGAAGGCAUGCUCUGCAGUGAGCGAACUUCCUUACAAUCUUUGGUUUAAGAAGUGUUUUGCAGGCUGUUUACCUGAAUCCAGUUUACAGAGAGUUUGGGACAAAGUUAUUAGUGGAUCCUGCAAGAUUCUUGUGUUUGUUGCUCUGGAGAUUUUAUUAACCUUUAAAAUGAAGAUAAUGGCCCUGACUAACACAGAGAAGAUCACGCAGUUUCUGGAAAAUAUUCCUCAAGAUAACACUGACGCAAUAGUGAGCAAAGCUAUUGAUUUGUGGCACAAACAUUGUGGGACACCGGUACAUUUGGUAUGAGAACUUGCUGCAGUCCUCACAGUUUGGAAGGACAUACCUUCUGAUGGUACUUCCCUAGAUUAGUAUCUGUAGAUGUUAAAUUGUUUCACAUUUGUGCUGUAAAUAUCAUGGUGAUUAAUUUGUAAAUUGUUGCAGUAAAAAUAAAGACUGAGUUGUGCUGUGA